AAACUCCCAUUUUGUUUUCUCUUCAGAACAAAUAAUAAAACGUAGUAACACAAAAAAAAAAAAAAAAAGCGACAUGGACGCCAUUGAUUCCGUCGUGGAUCCGCUUAGAGACUUUGCCAAGGACAGCAUUCGCCUCGUUAAGCGUUGUCACAAGCCAGAUCGCAAAGAAUUCACGAAAGUGGCAGUGCGUACAGCAAUCGGGUUCGUAGUAAUGGGAUUCGUGGGAUUCUUUGUGAAGCUCAUCUUUAUUCCCAUCAACAACAUCAUCGUCGGUGCUACUUAGAUAACAAGGGAAGAUAAAAAGAUGGAGACGGGUAGUUACAGCUUUGUUGUUUCAUGAAGACACUUCACAGUUUUUUUGUUUUUUUUUUUUGUUCAGAUACUCGAAAAGAGGAAACAUUUUGUGAACCUAGUUUAACCACACAUUUGAGAUCAAUCUCUAGUAAUUUGCAUUCUGUUUAAUGUAUGUCACUGUUUAUUACGCUGUUCCGUAAGAAAAUUAAAAGCUUUGGUGAA